AUGGACAAAGUGAUAUCAAUUGGCACUCAACUACCCAAGGAAAAUGAAUGGGUGCCAAAUUGUGAUGAUGCGUUAAAGCCUAAGAUUGGACAAGUAUUUGAUACAUUAGAAGAAGGUGGAGAAUUUUACAAAAAAUAUGCACAUCAUGUCGGAUUUAGUGUGCGUUCAUCAUCAGAAACUAAAGACAAAAACGGCGUGAAGCGUUGGAAGUACUUUGUUUGCUCAAAACAAGGUUAUUUGCCAAUGAAGACAAAUGAGAUAGAGCAGAGUAAAUCUAGUAUCAAAGCUAGAAGAAGGAGUCUUACUAGAGAAGGAUGCAAUGCAAAUGUUGUUUUCAAAUGA